UGGUAUAAUCCAGUUUCAAACAGCCCACUUAGGUGCAGAUCUGAACACAUCUGGCUGACAACGUGUCCACCGUUUUGACAUUUUCUGCUCCAGUUUUCCCAAUUUUAACGAAUGUCAUCUGUUCAAGAAGCAGAGCUAAAAGGAGGCCAUCCUCCUGCAGUGAAGGCAGGAGGGAUGCGAGUUGCCCGAACCCGCCACACUAGUGAUACCAAGGAAGAGAAGAAACCAGACAAGAAAGAGGAGGAUGAGGAGUUUCCUGAAGAACCCCCACCUAAGAAUGAUACCCGUGUUAUAGUGUCUGGUGCUGUAACAAAGGGCGACAAGGAUUUCUCCCCCCAGGCGGCUAAAGUUGCCCAUGAGAAACCCCAGCCGACCGUAGACAAGCGACCACCACCCAAACAAAACAUGCCCAUCAACCAACCCAGGAAGUAGGGCGGGGCCAACGUUGCCAUAGUAACCACCACAACAAGGGAGGUGAUGCCUCCCUGUUACCAUGGUUACCGGCUAGGUGUUGAACACGACACCUGAAGAUGCAAUAAAAGUAAACGGAAGCUGUCCUGAUUAUAACUGGAAAGUGUUUAGUCAAGAGUAAUUGAGAGGAAAAAAAAAUUAACAAGGGCCAAAAGGAUCCAGAAUAGAAUUAAUAAAAAGUUAUGGCUGUGGUACAUAUUACUUAUGUGUACUAAGUGCAAGGCUAAAAAAAUUGUAGCAGAGUUUCCUUCUGAUUUAGAACUGUCAGCAGAAGGUUAUUGUAAUCUCCAAGCAGAUGUUGGGGUGGUAGAUUGUAAUGUUUUUUGACAGUCACUCACUGCAAGGGCCACCCUAGCCAGUGUACAGUCUCUUGCUGUCAAGGGCUACAUGUAUAAGGUCCCAGUUAGUUUGGUGGGUGCCAGGAGUGUAAUGUUUGUCAG